AUUGCCGACUGAACUUGAGACAUUUGUUGUUUUAUUUGAUUAAAUUAAAAGCCAUGAAAACUUGUAUUAUAUUCGAAUGUUUUUUAUUUCUGCUUGUGUAACUGUUAGUUUGGGACAAUUUUUAAAUUUAGCACUAACUGUAAAUUUCACUUUAAAAAUAAAAGUUAAAAUAAUAUAAAAUAUAACACAGUCACACUCAGCACGCAUUGAAGACAUCUGAAGAUUAUCAUGUUGAUAUCUAUUUAAUAAUAUAAUUUAUUGUCUCGGUUUCGUCUUAUUUAUCAUAAAAUAUUUAUUUUAUAAUAGUUGAGAUUCAAUUUUCAAUGCAACACUAUAGUUUUUCAAUUAUAAAGUGAUUAAAAAAUAAAACAACAAAACUAAACAAAACACAAUCAUCAAAAAUCAAGUUUUUCCAAUCUGAUGAAAUAGAUGAUAAUUUUAUAAGUUAUCACUACGAAAGUUUAAUAAGAUGGUUAAUGUAUAUAUUAGAUAAAGUACUGUACAAAAAUUAACUAUUACUGCGUAUCGUGGAUGAAUACUAAAACUUAUUUUCCUCAACAAAACUCUUAUACGCAACGUUUUUUUUCCCAAAGAGUAUUAAUUUUAUUUUUAAGAAAUAAAAUUAUUUUUUGGUGCUUUGUUUUUGUUGAUAAAUAAAACAAAUAAAUUUUAAUAGUAAUGAUGAUAAUGAUAAUAAUUACUACACUUUGAAGUGAUAAAUAAUAACUAAAAUAGUAUUAAUUUAAGAUACGAAUUCAAAUGAUGAAUUAAAAAAAAAAGCAACAAUUAUCAUUCUUUCGUCCUCCUCGUCAAUCUCGUUAUAUUUUGGUCACGAAAAUACGACUUGAUCAAUUAAUUUAUGAUUGCAUUUGAAAGAUGUUUUUUUUUUUUUUGUAAAGUUAUUAUGUUUUAAUGUUUACUUGAUAAUUCUAUAAAAAAUUGAUGAUAUUAAAUAACGUAAAACUAAAUAAUGAACGAUGUAAGGUACCAAGAACCAUUCUGUGAUAUGUAUGUUAACACUUAAAUAUUUGAAGACUAAAAAUUUCUUUGUAUAAAUAUAUUUCUUCAAUUGAGCGUCGUCAGCAGAACAAGCAUUACUUGUUUUUUUUUUAUAUAAAAAAAAAAAUAACUAAAAUGAUAUUAAACUAAGGAGAAAUUAAAAUACCUUAUUGAGACUGGAAGCUAAUAUAUAUAAAUUUAAAUAAUAAAAGAACUUUAAACUCGGUCAUAUAAACUUUGAAAUUUGUACUAAAGAAAAGUGCCGAAAGAAUUUCAAAAGCAUUAUGUCCAAUAAUCCUCAGUGGAAAACGUUUCAUCCACCAAUUAUGAAUUCUGAUCCUGCUAUACUUGAUUAUAAAUCAAUGUCGAUAUCUACGAAAAGUAUUAUUAGUGAAUCACAACAAACAGCAACUAAUAACUAUCGUGACGGUUCGAAUUAUUGUAGUGAUCGCAGCUUUAUGGGAUCCCCGGAUGAAUGCGGAAAAAAUUCGUCUUCAUUCAGCACUUGUUCUAGUAAUGUUAUUACGUCACAUAAUGACGCUACUCGAUUUUCUGAUCGUACUCUGUCAAGUAUGGAUAUUGGUAUUAACUACACGACUGAGUCAACUACUAAUAAUUCAAUAUAUCAAGACCAAUCUGGUCCACGAGAGGCCGGAAUUAUUGAGAAAUUAUUGCAUUCAUAUGGAUUUAUACAGUGUUGUGAACGGCAAGCGAGAUUAUUUUUUCACUUUAGCCAGUUUAGUGGUACAAUAGAACAUCUCAAAAUAGGUGAUCCAGUAGAAUUUGAAAUGACUUAUGACAGGAGAACUGGCAAGCCAAUCGCCAGCACUGUCAACAAAAUUGCGCCUGAAGUUGUAUUGAGUGAAGAGAGAGUGACUGGUAAUGUAACUACGGAACUUCAAGCCAAUGGUGACUCUCAAGGCCGUAUCAGCUAUGAGAAUCGUGGUGAAUGUUUUUUUUUGCCAUAUACCAAAGAUGAUGUCGAAGGAAAUGUUACUUUGCGAGCUGGCGAUAAAGUAUCCUUUCAAAUUGCAACCAAUCAAAGAGGAAAUUUAGGUGCUUGUCACGUUAGACUUGAAAAUCCUGCACACCCAGUUCGUUAUCGUGGUGUAAUAUGUACAAUGAAAGAAAGUUUUGGAUUUAUUGAACGUGCGGAUGUAGUCAAAGAAAUAUUUUUUCAUUUUAGUGAAGCUAAAUCAUUAAAAGAAGAAUUGAAACUGGGAGACGAUGUUGAAUUUAUUAUUCAAACGCGUAAUGGAAAAGAAGUAGCGUGUAAUAUUAGUAAAUUACCUCCGGGUUCUAUUAUCUUUGAAGAAAUUAGUAAUGAAAUAAUAAAAGGUCAAGUAUUAAAAACGUUAGAAAGAGGAAACGCUGCCCGCCAUCAAAACGAUCCACUACCAGGACGUAUCCGCUACAGAGCUGCCGAUUAUUCUGAAGAAGAAAUUCCGUUUGGUGAUAAAGAUCAAAAGGGCGAUUUUACUCUUAAGCAUGGUGAUUGGGUUCAAUUUCUAAUUGCAACCGACACUAGAGAUCAAUUAAAAAGAGCUACAGAAAUAUCAUUACUACCAGAGUCUUUUACGGUAUCUGGUGAAAGACGAGAACAAGGUAUAAUUGCGGCAUUAAAAGAUGGUUUUGGAUUUAUUCGUUGUGUUGAUCGAGAUGCAAGACUAUUUUUCCAUUUUAACGAAGUACUCGAUAUCGAUAGAGAAAUAGCUGUCGGCGAUGAAGUAGAAUUCACUGUGAUACAAGAUCCUCCGACUUUUUUUUCAAAUCGUCAAAGUGCGAUUCGACUCAAACAUUUACCUUCUGGCACUGUUCAGUUUGAAACUGUUACUGAAAGUGAUUUAUUAGGAACUGUUAUUCAAGAUAUCUCUGGUAUUGAUCCUGGGCUAAUUGGUUAUACAAAGGAUGGACAACAGAAGAAUAUUAUUUUCUUCACAAAAGAUUGUGAUUGCAAAGUUAUUCCAAAGUUGGGUGAUAAGGUCAAAUUCAGUAUCUGUCAGGUAAAAAGAAAUAAAGAGUUAGUCGCAGUUGACAUAUCACUAUUUGAUUUAAGCGAAGAAAAGACGGAAAAUGGUAACGAAAAUAUAAGUGGCUUAAUAUGUCAAGGUUUUAUCGCUGCACUUAAGGAUGGUUUUGGUUUCAUUGAGACAUUUAAUCAUGAGAGAGAAAUAUUUUUCCAUUUUAGUACCUUUGACGGAGAUACAAAUACUUUAGAAGUCGGCACUGAAAUUGAAUGUAUAAUAGGAUUAGGUAAUAGCCGCAGCACUGGAGGAUGUAUUGCUGCUGAAUCUGUCCGUCUUGUGCCACGUGGUACGAUUCCACGUGCGGCCAUAGUUAGUGAAGUUUUGGAUGGAACUGUUAUUAGACCAUUACGAAGUGCAAAUCCUGAACAGACAGAGUACGCUGGAAUGAUAAAAUUAAGUGUGAAUAAUGACGAAAAUGAUUCAAAAAAAUACGAAUUUGGUAUCAUGGGCUUGCUAAACAAACGCGAAUUGUUGCAAACGGGUGAUCCCGUACAAUUCCAAAUUGAUUCUGAAGGUCACGCUUGUAAUGUAGUAGCUGUACGCAAAAAACGAAUUGCUACAGUGGACGCAGUGAAAGGAGCUUUUGGUUUUCUCGCCUAUGAAAUUGACGAUGGAAAAAAGUUAUUCUUCCAUAUGACUGAAGUUAAGGAUCAUGCAACGCUCCAGCCAGGUGAUCAAGUUGAGUUCGUACUUGUGACAAAUCAAAGGACAGGAAAAUCAUUCGCAUGCAGUAUUACGCGUUUGAGUGGUGAAUCAGUACAGCAACGGCCCGAACGUUUAAUCAGUCGAUUACGUACUAUUUCGUUAGAAGACGCUGGGCCAAAACUGACAAUAGUAAGACAACCAAAAGGACCAGAUGGUACCCGUGGCUUUAGUCAAGAACGUUUACAACAUACAUCUGGUGUUAUAGAAGAAUAAUCAAUUACUCUACGUUAUGUUUGAUUUGAAAAUAAUUACUUCUUUUGAGUUCAUGAACGUUAUUUCUGAGAUUAUUAAUUUAAACCAACGCUAAUAUUUGCCAAAAUAAUGUUAUGUGAUUGUUAAAAAUGAGACAAAACAUUUAUGCUCCCGAAAAAUUGAUAUGUAUUUCUGGUAUUACACGACAUACUUGAUAUUGCAAAAAAAAUUUUAUCCAUCAAAAUUCAAGAAGAUUAAUUUUAUUCACUAUAUAUUGUGAUUAUAUUUGAUAUCUAAAAGAUAUUUUGAUUUUAUAUAAUUAUCUUGGUUUA